GGAACAGUUAUUACCCUACAAUCGACAGAUUCAGAAACAGUUAUGACCCUACAAUCACCAGGUUCAGAAACAGUUAUUACCCUACAAUGACCAGGUUCAGGAUCAGUUAUUACACUACAAUCUCAAGGUUCAGGUACAGUUAUUACGAUACAAUCAUCAAGAUCAGGAACUGUUAUUUCCCUACAAUUACCACGUUCAGUAACUUUUAUUACGCGACAACCACCAAGAUCAGGAUAAGUUAUUACCCUACAAUCACCAGGUUCAUGAACAGUUGUUUCCCUAUAAUUAACAGGUUCAGGAACUGUUAUUACCCUACAAUCACCUGUUUCAGGAACAGUUAUUACCCAACAAUCGACAGAUUCAGGAACAGUUAUAACACUACAAUCACCAGGUUGAGGAACAGUUAUUACCCUACAACCACCAAUUCAGGAAAAGUUAUUACCUUACAAUCACCAGGUUCAGGAAAAGUUAUUACCCAACAGUCACCAGGUUCAAGAACAUUUAUUACCCGACAAUUACCAGGUUCAGGUACGGUUAUUACCCUACAAUCAACAGGUACAGGGACAGUUAUUACCCUACAAUCACCAUGUUCUGGAACAGUUAUUACCCUACAAACUCCCGGUUCAGCAUCAGCUAUUACCCUACAAUCACCAGGUUCAGGGACAGUUGUUACCCUUGAAUUAACAGGUUCAGGAACAGUUUUUACCCUACAAUUACCAGGUUCAGAAACAGUUAGUACCCUACAAUCACCAGUUUCAGGAACGGUUAUUACCCUACAAUCACCAGGUUCAGGAAUAAUUAUUAUCCUACAAUUACCAGGUUCAGGAACAGUUAUUACCAUACUAUCACGAGGUUCAGGAACAGUUGUUACCCUUGAAUUAACAGGUUCAGGAACAGUUAUUACCAUACUACCACGAGUUUCAGGAACAGUUGUUUCUCUACAAUCACUAGUUCAGGAACAGUUGUUACUCUACAAUCACCAGGUUCAGGAAAAGUUGUUACCCUAGAAUCACCAGGUGCAGAAACAGGUAUUAUACUACAACCGCCAGGUUCAGGAACAUUUAUUAUCCUACAAUUACCAGGUUCAGGUACAUUUAUUACCCUACAAUCACCAGUUUCAGGAAUAAUUAUUAUUCUACAAUUACCAGGUUCAGGUACAGAUAAUACCCUACAAUCACCAGGUAUAGGGACAGUUGUUACCCUACAAUCUCCAGGUUCAGGUACAGUUAUUACAAUACAACCACCAGGAUCAGGAUAAGUUAUUACCCUACAGUCACCGGGUUCAGGAACAGUUGUUAUAUUACAAUUAAGAGGUUCAGGAACAUUUAUUUCCCUACAAUCACCAGGUUCAGGAACAGUUAUUAGCCGAGAACCGCCAGGUUCAGGAACAGUUA